AUGAGGCCGGCGCCCCUGCUGCAGCUGGUGCUGCUGCUCGCCCUGCCCAAGAGCCUGGGGGGAAAGGGGUGUCCAUCUCCACCCUGCGAGUGCCAUCAGGAGGACGACUUCAAAGUCACCUGCAAGGAUAUCCACCGCAUCCCCAGCCUACCGCCCAGUACGCAGACUCUGAAACUUACAGAGACUCAUCUGAAAACCAUUCCCGGUCAUGCAUUUUCAAAUCUGCCCAAUAUUUCCAGGAUCUACUUAUCUAUAGAUGCAACUCUGCAGCGGCUGGAGUCAUAUUCCUUCUACAAUUUGACUAAAAUGACUCACAUCUACUUAUCUAUAGAUGCAACUCUGCAGCGGCUGGAGUCAUAUUCCUUCUACAAUUUGACUAAAAUGACUCACAU